UCGUCGGUUUCAGUUUCAAACUUUCCCGAUUCCGAUAGAACGGAUUAAAAAAGAAAAACGAAUUGAAAUAGAAAAUAUAUGUGUGUGACCGUACACAUACAGAAAGACACAAAUACAAACACAAAUCGAACUGCGCGCUUCAAGUUCUGACUGUAUCUGUGUGUGUGUUUAGUGCUUGGCUCACUGCAAACGUGUUUUAAUUUUGGCUAACAGCAUCAACAUCAGAAAUUGCUGCACUUUUCUGCACCUCUAAUAAGUAUUACCCAUAAAUCUCUCGGGUCGAAAUGUCGCCGGCAGAUGACAAUUCCUUUGCCACAACAAGUGGCAACAAGAAGGCAACCUACACUCUCAUCACCAUCAAAGUUGUUGAGCUGUGUCUGCUGAUAUGCUGUCUGGGACUAAUUGACGAGCCGGCCACCAACUCGCACUUGCGCGUCUUCAUCACACCCAGGGUAAUGGCACUAUGUUAUGUGACCUUUGGCGCGUUGACCAUUUACACGGCAAUCUAUUUGAUAAUGGCUCUAUUUGGAGAUCUCACGCCUUGGCGCACUGCGACGCUGUGGUCCCUGGCGGGCUUUAUCCUGUAUAUAGCUGUGACGGCGCUGCUGUUCCGUGACUGGAGCAACACCAAGGACCGCAACUACUGGCACCCCAACAUGCAUCGGCUGGACCUGGUAAUGGCGUCCGCUUCCAUUUCGCUGGUCACCAGCUUGAUCUAUUUGCUGGAUGUGCUACUCACCAUUCGCUUUGGCGUGCACGGAGAUCUGGAGUGACAUCGCAUUCGCUGACUCUUCCAGACGCUGGCCCAGCUGGACUGUAAUAUUUACGGAGCUUAAUCUUAAGCGGUGUCCCCACUCCCUGCUAAUUGUUCAGAAUGUCUGUACCAUAUACAUCAUAAUUGCCAUCAAUUGAAAGAAAAUGUACAAACAACCCAAGUGUAGGAAAUUUUUUGAGAAAUGUUAAAGUAUCGCUUACAGCCCCUAGAAUA